AUGAAAGCAAAGCUUCAGGAUGCUAAUGAUGGACUCAAGAAGGGGGAGCGCAUUAAGCUGACAAAGUUCAUCACAGAGAAUAAAGCUAGUCUCCUGUGCGCUUAUGGAUGGCUCACAGUGGCAAAGAAGCAAGCUCACAAUGCCCAGGUGCUCCAGGCUCAUCAAGAAAAGAGAAGUGCUGCACGUGCUAAUCCAAAGGCCAUUUGGCAUGACAUGAAUGCUGCAUUCACAUCCAUGGAUCACGAGUGGACAGCACUCUGUGCUCAUAUGGGCAUGCAAGGUUUCUAUAUUGCUGUGCAUGGUGUAGGGAAUGAGAUUCCUCCAGGCAUAUAUUGCCCACAUUUCGACUUACAACGAUUGGUACAGUGCAUGACUCACUAG